GUAGCAUGCUGACAGUCAUAUAUAGAGGACAUCACACUCAGCGCUGAAGAGCAAGCUUCAUUCAACGUUGACGCGCUAGUGAACGACAGCGAGAACGAGCCAAUUCGCAACACGCCGACCACCCCACUGAGUGCCCAAUUCUUUGAACAUCCUCGACGAGCUACUCCAGCCAUACCACCCGGUUUCACUGCCUCAGCUAUACCCCGAGCAGUGGUUGGGGAGUCAUUUUCUCGCCCAGGCUCUCGACCGAUGUCUCGAACCGCCUCCGCAACCAUCACACCCGCUGUGCCUGUUAUACCCGUUACGCCAAUUCGAGCUGCGACGCCCAUCAGGACGAAGACAGGCAAACCGAAGGCCGAUACCGUCGAGUGUGCCACGCCAGUAGAAGCCCCUGCAGCAAGGCCGCACCCCGAAACUCCCACAAAAUCUACAACUAAAGUAACAGUUGCGAAGCCACAUGCCUCCAGCGAAGCUAUUAGGGAGGCCAAAGAAGAUGGCAUUGUACAAACGAAACAAAAGCAAGGGGACAAGAAGGUAUCGCCUGAGGUAGCUGUAAAAGACACAUUGAAAAGCAAGACUCCCAGUAAAAGGAACAAAGUUGCUGCUGAAGUCAGUCCCAAGAAAGAACCACAGAGAGAGAUCAAGGUUUCACCUAUCCCUGCUGCGAACCCUGCUUCGAGUAAACGACAGCCCCCAGGAAAACUUGACAUCACAGCUGCCACCAAGAUGCCUGAGGAUGAGCAGUCCGCACCCGCAAGCUCUCUCAAAGGGGAUACUCAGACGAAAGGUGUUCGCUCGCUCCCUACGGCGUCCACCAACUCUGUACCACCAAGUCCUGCCGCUGUCGUCACUGGAUCUCCUCUCAAGCGUUCAAUUGCGCCAAGGACUCUGCGUGUCAUCCCAACACCGAAGACUGAAGUCCCACCGCCUUUGUCUGCGGCGUCCGCGCCAUCAUUGCCCCACAUACCGACCGUAGAUAAACUCAGAUCAAGACAAGCCAGCAUCGCGUCAAUCACUCAGCCUGGAACACCAGGAAGUGAAUUGAUCUCGGAUACUGCCUCUAUCACUUCAACCUCCUUUUCAAGGGCUAGCUCUCCCCCACCUAUUGGCGGCAAAGUCGGCACAGCCCCAGUUAGGAACAAAACAAAGUCGCAAGCAAAGAAGGAUAGGCAGGAGCGAAAGCGGCAGAUUGAAGAGGAGCAAUCCAUGAUGGAGGAUGGAAAAUCCGACGUUGAAGUUGUUCAAGCCCCAAUCAUCGGACGCAAGAAGAAGGCCAAAAAGCCUGCAACUGCCCCCAAGCCAAUAGCAGCCGCAUUCAAAAGUCAACCGGCUUCCCCAAAGCCCGCUACGGUCGAAGAAGAGCAUUCUGAAGCACCCGUGGCGUCAUCGAGGAAAGUAUUGUCUACAAAGGCUUUAGCGAGAGCAACACCAGAGCCAGAACCGGAGCACACUCCUGAACACCCCAAGGACCACCGCGAACAUACGGCGCAGUCUAUCAUGGCCGAUCUUCAGAAAACGGGCGAGCUACUUGCGUCUACUCUCGAGUUUUUCAAGCCGCUGUCUUCGUCUCUUACUCACACGUCUCGGACUGCUCAAACGAUGAACGCUUCAGCUCCUCCAGAUCUCAAGAUACAUAUCUCCGAAGCAGAUCUCGAAGCCCUUGCGAAGAAGAAGCCUGUGCGUCUUAACGGCCACGAUGGAAAACAUGAGUCGCGGACGUUGAUCACGCCAAACGGCAAGUUCUUUUGGGGCCUGAACGACGAGCUAGAGCAAAAGGCUCUCGACUUGGAAAAGCAGAUUGAAGAACUCAAGGGGCACGCUCGUUUCCAUCCUCGGAAGCAGGCUACACAUGAACACAAUCACAACAUCAGUGCGCAAACACAAUCUAAGGAUGUCCUUCCCGCUAUCGCUACAGCCCUUAAGGAAGCAGGGAAGAAACUCAACACUAACACUAGCCAACAAAUGCCUAAGCUCGACCCUUCAUCCGGGCUCCUCGGUUCAGCAGCCCUCCCACUUCCCCCUGUCCCAGCUUCAGAAGUGUCAGCAUCACAGCCCCCGCCUCCACCACAGGAGACUCCUGCCGACGCAGGCCGAUAUCUCAACCAGUUCGUUCUUCCCAAGACAGACAAUCCCCCGCCCAAUCAACCGAGACCUGAGAUGGCAGCCGUUGGUGGCCGGCCAGGCGCAGGAACAGCGAACAUCUCCGUCAACGCGAACAAAUUCGCCAAAGCAGCCAAAGCUGUCGUCGAAGGUGGCGCCGUCGGCAGCACUGAGAUUGAUGGCAUGGGUAUCAUGGCCGCCGACCUUUUGGGCGGUGUGUUUGUUCAAGGUCUCGAAGCGCUUGUGGGCGCUGGUCUCAGCUUCCAACCCAGUCAAGAAUUUGGUCUUGACGGGAAUGGUAAUAUUGCGCUCGGAGAACGAAGCGGAGAACUAGAUGUGCAAGAUGUGCAGCGUCUGAUGAACGCCAUCGAGACUACAGGUGGUAUGGGUAACAUGGCGAUGGGAGGGUAUGGUGGGGAGGGAAGGAGAGGGAGGGGUAGUGUGCUCAGUAUGGAAGAAGCGGAGCAGGCGAUGCAUGCUGCAAGGAAGGAACACGAUGUGUUAGAGAAGAAACUAGCCACGCUUAUGAAGAAAAACAAGAAGCUGGCUACUGGGGCUGCGAGGGGAUAAUGGCUAGUACAGGGCGAUUGAUGGAUGUAUAAUUCUGCCCUGUUGCGAAUACCCAUUGUAGAAAGAGAGUAUAGUCAGAUAGUCAUGAAGACGAGUUUCUGGAUCAAUACCCUUGCCUUGCUUUCAGCGGUCAGUAUGUGUUGUGGCAGUGCCUCGCUAUAUUAAAUACCAUCUAGAUGACCCUUCAAGACCAAACGACUAUUCGUAUUGCCUUGAAGCUGUCCAUAUUCAUGAGAUGCAUACCUUCCUUUACGCUGUAGACUAUAUUUCUACGCGUAUUCCAGCUCGUGACUGUGAGAGAGAAUAUUAGUGGGCAUCAAAUCGGUCCCAG